CUCUUAACCUCUGAGCCAUCUCCCCAGCCCCAGAAAAUUUCUUAAUUAAAAAAAGUUUGAGCUUGUAAAGGGAAAAGGACCCACAUGUUGGUUGGCUAAAGCAGAGGACAGAGGAAAAUGGAGCCAUCACUGCUGCGGAGGCCAUGGCUGUGGGCUCUGAGCAGCUACUUCGCCCUGGGGAUGGUGUGAGGACUGGCCUCUCAGUCGUUACUGGUUCCUGGCCAGCUGCCCCAGGCUAUGUGUGUCCGGAGCUGUGGGCUCCGAGGGCCAAGUUCCUUUGCUGGCUACCUAUAAAGUAGGUUUUUCCUGCAAGGUGUGGGUUCAGGGUCCCAGCCUGGGCAUCAUCCCACACCAGUGAGGUCCCCGGUGAGCGGCUCUCCAGUGUAGAUAAUUUUGGAUUUGAGGAGCACUGGAGAGAAGGUUUGGCUGAUGAGGCCUGGCCUUGAUGUCCUGUGCCCUGCCAGGAAGCAAACCUGAUCCUGAGUAUGCAUCUGGGGCCUGGGCCAGUGGCUCCCCAGCUCAGAGCCUCAGCAUCUAGAGUUAGGUGACGUGGAAAAGUACCGGGGCAGGCUUGGGGAGACUGAGGGCGGAGAGGCCAAGCCUCUGUGUGAAGUAUGGGAGGGCUGAGGUGUCUCAGCUGUCCACACUACUGUAGGAAAGAAUGUCACAGGAUUAGGAUGGGGAGGUAGCUGGUCCAGAAUUACAGGUACUCUAGGCUCCAUGUCUGUUGCAAGUGUGUAAAAGGGAUGGGACACACGAGAUCCCUCCCUGCUUUUCCCCUCUGGGCAUCGUAUCCUUGGCUCUCUCCUGGGACCUUCGCCCUCUCUGUUCCUCCCCCAUUCAGGAUGCCCUUCUUUCGGGAUCUCCUGCCAGCAUUGCCCUUGGCAGCCCCAGGGACUUGGCAAUAAGUUAGCCUCCACCCUGCCUGUCUGACCACCCAGCUGGAGCAAAGCUCCAGGCCAGAGCCACACAGCAGCCUGGUGGCAGAGCCCUGACCAGGGGCACAGAUGGCUGAGGGCUUCAGGGAGGAUAGAAUAGCAUGGGGAGGGGGAAGGGUGUGUAACAACUGGACAAGGACUCUAGAAAUAUCACUAUUGACUCAAGAGAAGCUUCAGCAACCCCUCCUGAUGAUGACCUAGCCUCCUGUUAGAGGUGACUAGUUUAGCAACACCCCUGCAUGAAGCUUCAGCAGGAAGAACUCACUCACAUCACCUCACCUGCUGGAAUAUAAAAUAUUUAAAACAUUUGCAGAAGCACAAAGCCAAGAAAGAGUCUGGGCUUCCUGUCCUGGGCACUGACCUGUGGGUGACCUUGGGCUAGUCUGCGCUGAAGCAGCGCAGAGCUCUGAGAGGUAGAGAUUGGUUCUCCUCAGGGCGCUGUGGUUGAGAAAGGCGCUUCCCCUCAGUCACGGCUUCCAGCUCUUGGUAAUAUUUCUUAAACAUUCCUGUAGCCUGAAGAUUGGGAGGAGGUGUGUUUUUGACUUGAGACCGAGUCUUGCUGUGCAGCCCAGGCUGGCCUCACACUAACUCGUCAGUGUCAUGAGUUCUAACACGUUUCAUACUUUAGCCUAGAGAGGUCUAACCUCCCUGAUUAUCAGGACACAGAGCUGCUGUGGUGUCUGUAGUGAUGUCUCCUGGUUACAUUGUUUUUAGUUUCCCAUCUGUGUUUGAAGACAUACACUUGUCAACUCGACUGGGUUUUGGCCAAGGAAUUAAAGGUUGUUUUUCUCCCUUCCUGCCCCGACAACCCUGUGUGUCCAUUUAUCUGUGGAGGUCAGAUGUCAAUGUCCAGAGUCCUCUUCAGUUUCUCUUCACCUUAUUUUCUGAGACAGGGUCUCUCACUGAACCCGGAUCUUACGGAUUCCCCUAGACUGGCUGGCCAGUGAUCCCCAGAGCCCCUCCUGUACAAUCUCCCCGGGGCUGUGACUGCAGCAGAGCUACAGAGAGACCAGGAAGCGACAGCCACACUGGGGGCCACAGGAGGGCCCUCAGUAGUGUCCAUGGCCAGCCAGGACCCGACGCUGAGCACGAAUCACCCGUUCUAUGAUGUGGCCAGACACGGCAUUCUGCAGGUGGCAGGGGAUGACCGCCAGGGGAGACGCAUCUUCACAUUCAGCUGCUGCCGGCUGCCACCCCUGCACCAGCUCAACCACCAGCGUCUGCUGGAGUAUCUGAAGUACACGCUGGACCAGCACGUGGAGAAUGACUACACCAUCAUCUACUUUCACUACGGCCUCAGCAGCCAGAACAAACCGUCCCUGGGCUGGCUCCAGAAUGCCUACAAGGAGUUUGACCGGAAGCUUCCUUCCCUCUUGCAUCCCAACCCUGGAACCCGUCACUUCUCCCAGGAUCCUGCCUCCUUCCUGAGGACCGUGUAUAAGAAGAACCUGAAGGCGCUCUAUGUUGUCCACCCCACCAGCUUCAUCAAAGCACUGUGGAGCAUCUUCAAGCCCCUCAUCAGUCACAAGUUUGGGAAAAAAGUCACCUACUGCAGUAGCCUGCGUGAGCUCCGAGAACAUCUCCAGUGCGACCAGCUGCUCAUCCCCCCAGAAGUAGUACGGUAUGACGAGAAGCUGCAAAACCUGCACAAAGGCCAGCUGCCCCCUCCCACCAAGACCCCGCCACCUCGACCACCUCUGCCCACCCAGCAGUUUGGCGUCAGCCUGCAAUACCUCAAAGACAAAAACCAAGGUGAACUCAUCCCCCCUGUGCUGAGGUGGACAGUGACGUACCUGAGGGAGAAAGGGCUACACACGGAGGGCCUGUUCCGGAGAUCGGCCAGCGCCCAGAUAGUCCACCAGGUCCAGCGGCUGUAUGAUCAAGGGAAGCCGGUGAACUUUGACGACUACGGGGACAUGCAUGUCCCAGCCGUGAUCCUGAAGACCUUUCUGCGUGAGCUGCCUCAGCCUCUGCUGACCUUCCAAGCCUAUGAGCAGAUUCUCGGGAUCACCAGUGUGGAGAGCAGCCUGCGUGUAACCCACUGCCGCCUGAUCCUGCGGAGCCUCCCGGAGCACAACUACACCGUCCUCCGCUACCUCAUGGGCUUCCUGCAUGAGGUGUCUCUGGAGAGCAUUUCAAACAAGAUGACCAGCUCAAACCUGGCAUGUGUGUUCGGGCUGAACUUGAUCUGGCCGUCCCAGGGGGUGGCUUCCCUGAGCGCCCUGGUGCCUCUGAACCUGUUCACGGAGCUGCUGAUUGAGUACUACGACACAGUGUUCAGCACCCAAGAGGCCCCCGGGGAGCACGUGCAGACCACUGUGGAAAUGGAACAGGCUGGCCCUGUCACCAAAGGAUUCACGAAGACAGGCACUCCCCAGGCCUCGCCAUACUUACCGCGCUUCCGCAUCCCCUGACUGGCUGGAGACACCUCAAGAUGGAGGUGCCCCCUUGCAAUCUAUGUAUCUGUGGCCCCGUUUGUCUUAUAAACAUAUGGUCUGUAAGAAGACACAGGAAUUAAAUGAACCCAGAACUUUUUA